CCGGAUCCCCCGCUUCCCGGGGCUGCCCUGGCUGCGAGCGCCCGAGGAGAGGCCGGUUCGGGCCGGGAGGAUCCCGCUGUGGGGAUGGGAGCGCUGCUCUGAGCUCUGCCAGGGACCCCCGGGUGCGGAGCCGAGACCCGCAUCCCCCCGCUGAGGACGAGGAGGGAUAAACCAGAGCGGAUCCGGUUCCGUCCCACGGGAGCGCUCCUGGCAGGCUCGGUGCCUGAGAGGAGCGAGGAUGGCUCAGGAGACGAACCAGACGCAGGUGCCUCUGCUGUGUACCACAGGCUGCGGCUUCUACGGCAGCCCCCGGACCAACGGGAUGUGCUCCGUGUGCUACAAGGAGUUCCUGCAGAGGCAGCAGAGCAGUGACCGGAUAAGCCCUCCAGCACCCAGUGGUCCCAGCAGCAGCCCCAUGGCUCCCGAGCCGAUCGCAGGACAGCGUGCCGAGGGAGACUCCACACCUGAGGAUGCAAAGGCCAGCGCUCAGACUCCUGUGACCCAUCAGAUGACAGCCAUGAGCAUAUCCAGAGAGGAAACUAGCAACGAGACAGAGGAAUUCAGCAAGACAGAUGAAGCCUCAUCAGCUUCUGCCUCAUCAGGUACCCUGCUUGAGAUAUCUGAGAACACGGCUGAGGGCAAGACGGCUUCGGAAAAACCGAAACCGAAGAAGAAUCGCUGCUUCACCUGCCGGAAGAAGAUUGGGCUGACUGGCUUCGACUGCCGCUGCGGGAACCUGUUCUGUGCCAUUCACCGGUACUCUGACAUGCACGCCUGCCCCUAUGACUACAAGGCAGAAGCUGCCGAGAAGAUCCGCAAGGAAAACCCCAUCGUUAUCGCCGAGAAGAUCCAGAAGUUGUGAAGGGGUCUGAGCAGAUCGAACUGCAGCCAGGCUGCCUGGUGCUCCUCCCCUUCCUCCCAGCCUUCCUCCUCCUCCUCCCAGCCCCUGCGGCGGUGCGAGGGUGACUCCAGCAGCGCACACAAACCCGCACCUGGACGUGGGGACUCCUCGCACCUCUGGCAGUCAGUUGGUGUUUCCUCCUCUCCCCUCCUGCCUGUCUGACAGCCACAGCUCAGCUGAUGUGUUCUCAACCAGCUUCCCAAAGGAAAGGGACCGUCCUGCCCCGCUGCUCCAGCGCUAAGACCUUCAGACUUGCCUCUUGCCGGACGGUUUGCAGGCGUGAGCGGCCAGGCUCUGCCGGGCAGCCUUUCCCUUCCCGGCAGCUGCAAACCACCCAGGACUUGUGGCCACAGUCCCUGAGCAGCUGCUGGACUCUGUUCCCUCUGCCUGUAAUCCCGGGAGCUGGGGGAUCCUGGCAGCCAGGCUGCCGUCUGCUCCCCGGGAGGUGUUUGCUCUCAGAUGCAGAAAAGUUGAUUCGGUAGUUCCAACACCCCAGACCCCUCUCCCCACCCUCUGUUGAUGCUGUUGGAGAAGCACCAAGGGGGUUGAGCAGUGAUGCUGGCACAGGGAAGUUAUUUUAUGGCUUGAAGUGAUGUGGGCCGGGCAGGACCUUCCAGGAGGUUCUGCUCGCUGCCUUGUGCCUCUCUCUGCAGGGAGGGAGCCCUGCUCCAGCCUCCUGCUUCAGCACCCCUGGUAACCCCAGCUGCUUUCCCAGCAAGGUGUGUGUCCCUCAGCGCUGCCUGUGCCUGCUCUCCUCUCUCCCGUCUUUCCUCUUCCCUUUCUCCUCUCCCUUCUCUCCUCUCUCCCUGCCUUCUGCCUUACACGAGUCACUCUCAUCAGGGUUGUGCACAAAGCUCAGGUCUCCACACCUCUGCUUCUGGACCUGUCCCUGCAUCAAGGUGACAGUGGGGUCCCCUCUUCCUGUGUGGGCCAUGCUGGUAUUGGGGAGAGCUUGGGGAGCCCACCCAGCUGCACUCCUCUGCCAGACAGAGGGAACUGGGGCACAGGGAAAGUCACAUGGAGGGUCCCAGGGUGCCCAGAAGUCCAGGCAGGCCCUCAGAAACACCCAUGGAGAGACCCAGGGAGCCAGGGAGAGGUGCUUGGAGGGCUCUGGGCUCACUGAGAGACUCAGAAUUCCCUGAGGUGCUGGAAGGCCCAGGGAGGGCUCCAGGGCACGAGGGAAGGCAGAAGGAGAACUUUGGGGUACAGUGAACAUGCUCAGAGGCCUCAAGCACCCCAAAAGGCACUUGGAAGGCUCUGGGGGUGCACACACUCACACACACAGGAAGGGAGGUGUAGGAAAAGCCAAACGCCAUCUCAGUACCACUCCAGAACCCGGGGGGCUCUGUUGGGAGGACCUGGGGCUUAGGGAUGCAGACAAAGCAGGCAGAGGCUCCUGGGGCACAGCCACAGGCACUUCCUGGGAACACCCAGAGCAGGGCUGUGACCAUGGGGCUCUGGCUGUCACAAGCAGAGAAACCCAGAUGUGUCCCGGGGGACAAGCAGCAGCCUCUGUCCCACUGCUGGCCAUCCCACGCUUUGGAAGCGUUUCCCUUGCUGUUGGAGGGCAGAGCUGCAGGGCCCAGCUGGGGAAAUCACAGCAGCUCCUUCCUUCCAAGGGCUGUUUUCCUGCCCUGCUUGUGGCAGUUGUGCCCAGGUUCUGGUAGGGAGAUCCUUCUGAGUGUUUGAUUUUUGCAGUCUGCUCCAGCCACAGCAGUGUGUGCUCUGUGCCAGCUGCCAUCCUGUGGUGGUACUGGUAGCAUCUGAACAUCCCAAACUGAUGCAAAUCCCCACUUGACCACAGAGAGGAGGGAGGCUGCUUCCUGCCAGCCUUUUCCUCAGGUUUUUCCUUCUGGAUAACAUUGACAUUCUGGCUGUAGCAUGCAAGUGGCUGCACGUGUUACCCCUGGACACACCUGGGCCAGGUGCAGAGCUGGUACGUGGCCAGGCUGGGUUUGCCACGGAGCUUUUGGCUGAGGAUGAUCCCUCACUCUCAGGGGAAGCAGGAAUUGCAGCCACCAGCCCCGAGGAAGUGCAGCAGCUCCCAGGGAUCUGGGAAAGCCCAGAGCCGCCUGCUUCUCCAGCACUGCCCUUUUUCCUGUUCCUUCCUCCCUGUCCGUGAGUGUAAAUACAACACAGUCUAGUUUGCUUGGA